ACAGCUCGGGAGAAGAGUGUCGGUGAGCGUAAGACCUCAUCUUGGAAUAUUUCUUUGCGUUUUACACCCAUUUAUUCUGUAUUUUGUGCCGCUACUUCACAGUUUGUCCCGGUGCGAUGAGAAGACAGCUGUCGCACACUAGUUUUCCAAAGAAGCGUCACGGGACGCGUCUCAAAUACUCCACUUGGACUGAAGAGCACUGCGAGGUGGCGCACCCUGCUCGCUGCCUCCGUGAACUUCCUCUGUUGCUUUUGACGAUAUUUUGAACACUGCAUCUCACCUCAUUCAGCUAUCAACAAACAAUUUUUUUUAACAUACCGAAGCGUUCCAGAAAAUCAUGGAAACUAACCCUAUACCCAUUUUGACUAUCCAAACUACCCCAUUCGAUGACCAGAGACCAGGGACGAAUGGGCUGCGAAAGAAGACAGCGGUUUUCGAAAGUAAAAAGAACUAUCUGCAAAAUUAUAUCCAAAGUUUGCUGUCCUCUAUCGACUUGAGGGACCGUCAGGGAUGCACUAUGGUGGUGGGCAGCGAUGGAAGAUACUUCAGCCGGGCUGCAACUGAAGUCAUCGUUCAAAUGGCAGCUGCCAACGGGAUUGGCCGUCUGGUAAUUGGACACAACGGGAUCCUUUCCACCCCAGCGGUCUCCUGCAUCAUCAGGAAGAUAAAAGCCAUUGGUGGAAUCAUCCUCACUGCAAGCCACAGUCCAGGAGGCCCAGGAGGAGACUUUGGGAUCAAAUUUAAUGUCGCUAAUGGAGGACCAUCCCCAGACACAGUGAUGGAGAGGAUCCAUCAGGUGAGUCGCACACUAGAGGAAUACGCCAUCUGCCUUGACCUCCACAUCGACCUGUCCUGCCUUGGCCGUCAUGACUUUGACUUGGAGAACAAGUUUAAGCCCUUCAGAGUUGAGAUUGUGGAUUCAGUCGAGAUCUAUCUAAACAUGCUGCGGGGAAUUUUUGACUUUGGUGCCAUCAAGAGCUUGCUGACAGGUCCAAAACAGCUGAAGAUCCGAAUAGAUGCCAUGAAUGGAGUUAUGGGACCAUAUGUCAGAAGAAUCUUAUGUGAUGAGCUCGGGGCUCCAGCUAAUUCUGCUGUUAACUGUGUCCCUCUGGAGGACUUUGGAGGCCAACACCCCAACCCUAACCCUGCAUUCGCUGCACCUCUGGUGGACUCCAUGAAGGGGGGAGAGUUUGGCUUUGGGGCCGCUUUUGAUGCAGAUGGGGAUCGUUACAUGAUUAUGGGUGAGAAUGGAUUCUUUGUGAGCCCGUCAGAUUCACUGGCAGUGAUGGCUGCAAACCUCUCCUGCAUCCCUUACUUCAGUCAGAGAGGAAUCAGAGGUUUUGCCCGCAGUAUGCCAACCAGCACAGCCAUUGACAGGGUUGCUAAGGCUAUGAAGGUGGCCCUUUAUGAAACUCCAACAGGCUGGAGAUUCUUUGGCAACCUGAUGGAUUCUGGGAGGUGUUCUUUCUGUGGAGAGGAGAGCUUUGGAACAGGUGGGUGCCAUCAGAGUCCUCUAAAAGCCUUACUUGAGCGUUUAAAGUAG